AUGGGUUCAUUAAAAGUCGUCCUAUUAACAGAAUCUGAUUCACUUAAACGAGAUGCAAAUCUUCCAUAUAAAUAUUAUGGACAAAAAUUAUGGGAAACAAUUCAAUCUGUUAUUGUAGAACUCAAUUAUCGAUGUGAAUCAGUUGAAUUACAUAAACUUGAUUUUCAAGAACAUGAAUCCGUUAAUAAAUUUCUCAAUGCUGAUAUUGUUAUUAUGGAUGUUACAAAUCAAGAUAGACGUCCAACAUUUAUGUAUCAUAAAGGAAAUCGAGAAAGUAUGGAUUGUAUGGAUGAUAUUGUAUUAAUUCAAGCUAGUGGUGUAGAAAAUGAUAGUGCUAUUCAAGAUCUGAAAACUACAUGUAAGAUAAAACGAUUAAUUGUUUAUCGAUAUGAUGAAAGCAAAGAUGUGUUUUAUGAUACAACACAACCAGCAAAUCCUUUUCCAUUGCUUAAAACUAAUCUCAAAUGUUUUCUCGGACGAGCUGCUACCAAUAUUAAAAAAGGACUUGCUGAUCGUUGUAUAUCACGUAUGAAUCAAAGUAAACACGAAUCAAAAGAUGAUAAUACGUUUCGUGAUUUUUUAUGGAAUGAAAUAUGUGCUGAAAUAUUAACUGAAACAAAUCAAGAAGAUGUAACACCAAAAUUAAUUACACAGUUAAUGUAUGCUUUUCGAGAUAUACAAGAUUAUGAAUCAAUGAUACGAUUAAAUCAACGUUGUGAACAAUUAGGAGAAAUAGCAAAGAAAAUAAAAAAUAAUAUGAUGAUUUCAUAUUUAACAGCAUUUGCUUGUAGUCGACGAAAUCAACCCGGUGAUCGUGAUGAAGCUUUGAAUAUUCUUGAACGUUUAUGUCAAACGAAAAAAACUGAAAGUGAAUUAUCAAAUGAUGUUAUAUGUUUAUGUGGAAGAAUUUAUAAAGAUAAAUUUACGGAAUCAAGUUGUACAGAUCAAGAAUCAUUAGAAAAAGCUAUCGAAUGGUAUAGAAGAGGUUUUGCUGCUGAUCCAAAUAUUUAUGCUGGUAUUAAUUUAUUAUUUCUUUUGGCAAUUAAAACAGAAGAUUUAAAGAAAAAUAAUGAAGCUUAUAGAAUCAUCAUUCAAUUGAAUGCUUUACUUGGUAAAAAAGGACGUGCACUUCGUGAUCUAACAGAUUAUUGGGAUGUAGCAACUUAUUUUGAAUUACAUGCUGUUCAACGUGAUUGGUCAAAAGCUUGUUUAGCUGCAUUACAUAUGUAUUUAUUGAAUCCUCCAAUAUGGUAUUUAAAAUCGACAAUAAAUAAUUUAAAAAUUCUUCAUCAAGCUACACGUAUUCGUGAUAAAGAAAAACUUCGCGAACAAACUACAACUGAUAAUAAUGAUGAUGAUAAUGUUUAUAGUUUUUGGAUAGAUUUUUUUAGUGAUGCAAUUAAUUCAAAUUCAACAUCAACUGAAGAAAGAGAAUUACCAGCACAAGUACCAAUUCUUGUUUGUGAUAAUUAUGAAAAAAAUGAUGGUACAACAUUAAAAAAUGUUUAUGUUGAAUCACAUUUACAAUUAAAUUUUCAUACGGGUAGUGAACCUGAAACACUUGUUAUAUAUGCACUUUCAAAACAAAAACAAGCACAAACAAAUGAACUUGUUCGAACAAUAGCAAUGGAUUCUAUAAGAUCAAUUAUAAAUGUUAAACGAGAUAAUCGAUCUGUUUUUCUUUAUGCAUAUGAAAAUGCUGAAGCAUUUUUAUCCGUUGAACUUCAAAUAUUUUUCUCAUCAGCUGAACGUCGUAUAGCAUUCAAUGAAAAAAUGUCAAAAUAUCGUGUACAAACAAAUAUAACUGAAGUGGAACCAAAAUUUGAUCUUGUCUUUGAUCGUGAUCCACAUGAACAACGUACAGCACUUGGUCAAGGAACAUAUGGAAAAGUUUAUGUUGCACAUGAUCGUUAUACAUGGAAAAAAUUUGCUGUUAAAGAAAUUCCUAUGCGUAAUCCUGUAUUUACUGAUGUUUUAGAAAAUGAAAUCAAAAUUCUCUCAACACUCAGUCAUAGAAAUAUUGUUACUUAUUAUGGUUCAGCUAUUGAUCGUACAAAAAAACAACCUGUCUUUCAAAUUAUUAUGGAAUAUGUUGAUGGUGGAAGUUUGUCACAACAUCUUGCCAAAUUUGGACAAUUUCAAGAACCUGUUAUACGAAAUUAUACACGACAAUUACUAGAAGGUUUACAAUAUUUACAUGAAAAUCAUAUUUUACAUCGAGAUAUUAAAUCAGCUAAUAUUCUUGUUAAUUCAAGAGGUGAAAUAAAAAUUGCUGAUUUUGGUACAUCAAAACGUCUUGCUGGUCUUCAACUUUGUACAGAAGAUAGUGUUGGUACACUUCAAUAUAUGAGUCCGGAUGUUGUACUUGUACCUCCAAUGGGUUAUGGACCUGAAGUUGAUAUUUGGAGUGUUGGAUGUACAGUUAUUGAAAUGGCUACAGGUAAAAUGCCAUUUCAUAAAGUUGUUAAUACGGGUGCAUUAUUAUUGAAACUUGGUAACGAACGACAAGCACCUGAUAUUCCAUCAGAAUUAUCUGAUAUAGGAAAAGAUUUCCUGAAUCGAUGCUUCGAACCAACGAGCAAACGUCCAUCAGCGAAAGAUCUGUUAAAUCAUGCAUUUUUCAGAACAAAAUCAAUAUUGCCAAGAGAAAAUACUGGCAAUAAUAAUGGUGAAAAAGGACAUGAAGGUGGAAUACAUGUAUCUGAUUCUGCAGUACCAUAUCAACGAAGUGUUAGUGAAGAAGCUGGUGUACUUGAACCAGCACGAAGUCUUGAAGCUCAAAUUUCAAUUGAUGAUCUUCGUCGAACAGAAUUAAUGAAUAUUUUACGUAAUAAUGAUAGUAGAGAAGAUCUUCUUGGUCAAUGGAUGGACUUAAUUGAUGAAAAAAACGAAACAGAAUUUUUAACAAUUGAUAAAUUACGUGUAUUAUUAUCGGGUAUUUGUGAAUAUUUAGAAGAAUUAAAUGAACUUACACUACAAAUAGCACUUGAUAAAAUUAGUGAGCAUGUAGAAUUGGAAAGUGUCGUAAGAACUGAUGUUGAACGAUCAUUCUAUUUAUUUAUUAAAGCGGCUAAUACUGUUCUUUCAUCUAAAAAUGGUCUACUUCCUCAUGUUUUAUUCGCACUUGAUAAUGUGAUUCGUCGUGUUGCUGAAAUUCUUGUUGGUCUUAUUCGGCCAGACUUUCGUCCUGCUAUUAAUAAUAUGGCACCAAUAACACCAAGUGAUAGUUCAACAAUGAGUUCAACUAAUGUACGUUCACCAUUAUUUCUCGCUAUUAGUGAUACAGCAAAUGAUGAAAUUACUCGUUUACAUCAACAAUAUUUAAAACUUAUUCGAACGAACCGAGAUCAACUUAAUCAAUUGGUUACAAUUGAAAAUAAUAAUGGUGCUCAAUUAUCAUCAAUUAAUCAAUCAAGUAAAACAGUUGGAUUGUUUUUACCAGCUGAAAGAUCACCGGAAACGGACAAUAUGAAUUCUGAACUCACAACUGCACCCUUAUUAGACGAACAAACGAAGUUAAAUCAUUUAACACCAAUGGCAGGAGUAUCAAAGCAAAUAACACGAACACGAUCACUGAUUUCUAUUGAACAAGAACAUGAUCAAUUGCUCAAAUCAAUGAUUGAUAAUCGAACCCGUCUUAAUCAAUUACUCAAUUCUUCGAACAUUUGA